AAAAGUAAACAGAUCCCUGAUGAUUGUAUUGAGAAUGCUGCUGGAGAGGUUGUAAAAAGUAAACAGAUCCCUGAGGAAUGGAUUCAGAAUGUUGCUGGAGAGGUUGUGAAAAGUAACCAGAUCUGUUACCAGUCGUUACAGGGAGUUAUAGACGUGACCCCGGCUGUGUGUCCUGUCUAUCUACAUCAACCAGAUAUGACCGACUCCUUGAUGAGUUUCUUCUUAGCCGUGUUUCAGGGACUUCGGGUUCAGAUGGGCAUGGUCUUCCCAGAGCAAACUAAACAGACAUUUAUGACCCUCUGUACACAAAAGCAGAUAGCAGAAAGUAUAUAUCAUGAAAGCGCAGCUGCCCAUAGUGUUGUAGAGAAGUUGUUUAAGAUUUUUGAACUUGUACAAGAGUCUGGGAUAGAUUUCAAAGCAUUUUUACCAAAUUUUAUAGUGAUGUGUAUGGAUCAGAUUUAUCCAAUAAUAGCACAGCGUCCAUCGCCUGACAUUAAAGCUAGUCUGUAUAGAUUAGUCCAUGAGUUAAUGAUGAACAACUGGAGAUAUUUCUUCAAGGGCAGUGUACUGAAAAAAUUAAGUGUACAGCACACUCCUCAGAAAGAAAAUGGAGAAAUGCAGAGGGCACAUGAGGUCAAAGGCAGUGCAAUGAAGACAUUAAGUGUACAGCACACUCCUCAGAAUGAAAACAGAGAGAUUCAGAAGGCACAGGAGGUCAAAGGCAGUGCACUGAAGACAUUAAGUGUACAGCACACUCCUCAGAAUGAAAUCGGAGAGAUUCAGGAUGCACAAGAGUUUACUGCCAUUAUGCAGGAGGAAAAGGAAGAGAAGAUGAAGCCGGUUCAAUUGAUGACAAAGCCUAAAAAAUUAGGAAGAAUGAGAAGAGUAGCACACUGGUUGAGAAAGAAUUUUUUUAGUUGUGGUGGAGGAAAAUCCAGUUCUUAAAGUCUGAAAAAAGACGCCAAAACACCUUUAUAAAUUGUCAUGUUUAUUAAGUUAAAAAUAAUAUAUUUGGGACCCAGGAGGGGACACCCGAGCUAUUUUUACAGGUUUUGAUUUUUUACUUUCCCCAUUUAAAAGCACGAAAUUGUAAAUUCAUCCAUUAAAGCUCCGUUGUCCUCUCCUGUCUAAAUUCUUGUUAAUAUUUUUCAAUAAUCUAU